AUGCUUGACUCUGGACCCCCCUCUGAAUGGUAAAGUCAAUGGUUCCAACCUAUAUGGAGACACGGUAACCUUCACCUGCAAUGUUGGGUUUGACUUGGUGGGCGACCAGACAAGGAUCUGUCAGAGUGACCAGCAGUGGAGUGGAUCACAGCCAUAUUGUCAAAAACAAGACUGCGGCCAGCUGCCAGCCCCAAGCCAUGGCACGGUGUCAGGCGCGACUCACUAUGGCAACCAGGUGACCUUCACAUGUGAUCCUGGGUACGAGAUCUUUGGAAGUGUGACAUUGACCUGUCAGGAGAAUCAGCAGUGGAGCGGAGCUCCACCCACAUGUACAUUGAUAACAUGCCCACCCCUUAGUCCGGUGAGCAACGGUCAGAUGAAUGGCGGCACCUCAUUCGGAGACCAGGUGACGUUUGCAUGCAAUGUCGGGUACAGUCUCAGUGGGAGCCCCUCACGUACCUGCCUGGCAGAUGGAACGUGGUCCGGAGUCCAACCAGUCUGUAACCACAUGAAGUGCUCUGACCUGGUAGCACCACAACACGGGUCUAUGAGUGGAGGAACAUAUGUUGGCGACACUGUGACGUUCUCCUGUGAUACUGGGUUUGAACUUGUCGGGACAUCUGUCCAGACAUGUGAAGUAACUCAAACUUGGAGCAAUGCAACACCGACAUGCACAAGAGUGGCAUGCCAAAACCUGGACCCUCCAACCAAUGGUAUGAUAAACGUAAUCAGUAACCUGUAUGGAGGCGGAGUGACAUUCGACUGCAAUGUCGGUUACCAGCUUGUAGGCAGUUCAAUAUUGACCUGUCAGAGCGACCAACAGUGGAGUGGGUCACCACCUAGCUGUCAAAAAAUACAGUGCCCACCACUGACAUCACCAGCAGCUGGUUGGCAGCUUCGCACCCAGCACUCCUAUGGGGACAACGUGACAUUCGAAUGUGAUACUGGGUACACCAUGGUAGGCAGUGCCACGCUGACGUGCCAGGCUGACGGACAGUGGAGCGCAUCGGAGCCUUCAUGUCAAAGGAUCCAGUGCCCUCCACUCAGUCCUAUAUCAGAUGGUCAAAUGAGUGCAAGCGGCAGCUUCUUCAUGGACCGGGUGACCUUUGUGUGCAACUCUGGCUUUGAUCUCUUUGGGAGCAACGAACGACUGUGUCAAGCAGACGGCACAUGGUCGGGCAUCCAGCCUGUUUGUAACCGCACCAAGUGCCCUGAUCUGGCUGCACCUGCUCAUGGCUAUGUAACAUCGGGAACGUUCUAUGGCGACACAGCGACGUACAGCUGCCAAAUUGGGUAUGAAAUCGAUGGCGUUGCAGUCAGGACAUGCCAGGCUGAUAAAACUUGGCGUGGGAUGGAGCCGACCUGCACCAGAAAGGAAUGCCUGCUUUUGGAUCCUCCAACAAAUGGUGGAAUAUAUGGGAAUAGCAAUCUGUAUGGAGACACAGUAAUCUUCUUCUGCCUUGCUGGGUUUGAGUUGGUCGGCAGCCCGAUACUGACCUGUCAGAGUAACCAACAGUGGAAUGGGACAAAACCAUACUGUCAAAAAAAAGAAUGCCCACCGCUACAAGCACCAACCAAUGGUGGCACUUCUGGAUCUUUUACCAUUGGGAGCCAGUUGACUUUCACAUGUGAUCCCGGGUAUGUGCUCAAUGGCACUGCAUCACUGUCCUGCUGGGCACACCAGGUGUGGAGUGGAACCCCACCAACUUGUGACCGGAUAAGCUGUCCAGCUCUGAGCCCACCAACCAAUGGCCAGAUGAAUGGCAACAGUAACUUCUAUGGAGACCAAGUGAUAUUUGCAUGUGACCUUGGCUUUGAGCUGAAUGGGAGCCUCUCACUCAUCUGUCAAUCAGAUGGAACCUGGUCAGGAGUCCAGCCAGUUUGCAACGCGUUGAAGUGUCAAACACUGACUGCACCUGCCCAUGGGACCGUGGCUGGUGGGUCGUCAUUUGGUGACACUGCCACGUACUCCUGUGAUGCUGGGUACGAGGUGGUGGGAACUUCCACCAGGUUGUGCCAACCUAGCAGGACAUGGAGCGGAAAUGAACCAACUUGUGAAAAACUAUCAUGUGCAAGUCUGGACGCUCCUCUCAAUGGUGGGAUCAGUGGGUUCAACCAGUAUGGAGAUACGGUGACGUUUGACUGCAGCAUCGGAUUUGAGCUGGUGGGCGACCAGACAAGGACCUGUCAGAGUGACCAGCAGUGGAAUGGAACACAACCAUACUGUCAAAGACUGAAGUGCCCACAGCUGGGUAUGAUCACAAAUGGUGGCUUCAGUGGUGGCAUCUUUUAUGGUGAUUAUGCCUCUUUCAUGUGCAACGCUGGGUAUGAACUUCAGGGUAAUACCAGUGCAGUCUGCAUGGACAACGGACAAUGGAGCAAUCCAGCACCUUCAUGCAUAGCAAAGGAAUGUCCUCCCCUAACAGCCCCACAAGAUGGUGCCAUGACUGGGACCUUUUUUGUGGGUGACAGGGUGACCUUCUCCUGCAAGACUGGGUUCAACUUGGUGGGCAGCACUGUCAUAGUGUGCAAGGACACUCUUACAUGGAGUGAUACUAUCCCAAAAUGUGAAAGUGUUACUUGUCCCUCACUUCUUGCCCCGGUCUAUGGGUUUGUAAGAGCCCCAGGGAAUACUUAUGGCGAUACAGUGAACAUUUCAUGUGCACCUGGAUAUGAGAUCAUUGGUGACAGCGUCAGGACAUGUGAAGCCAGCGGACUGUGGAGUGGCUACACACCUCUAUGUCAAAGGAAAUGCUGUAGUGCACUGUCCAUUCCAUUUGGUGAUUAUGCGGGAACCAUCUGCUACAACGACACCAUUACCUUCAACUGUGAUCCUGGUUAUGAAAUGUUUGGAGCCACAAAGGCAACGUGUGAUGAGACUGGUCAAUGGGACACCGCAGUUCCCCAAUGUCAAAAGUUGUGCUGUGACAGUUCUCUGGUGAUUCCCAAUGGCCAGUUGACUACUCCACACGGCAACUGUUUCAAUGCUGUGGGUCUAGUGGACUGCUCUAUUGGCUACAUGGUAAAUGGAAAUGACAUCCUCUACUGCAAUGCAAGUGGACAAUGGGAAGGAAAGAUGCCCCAAUGUGAACUGAUGUGCUGCGGAGAUCCAGGAUCCAUUCGAGAUGGCACAGUAAGCUUUACGGGGGAGUGCUACGGUGAUGUUGCAAACUACUCAUGUAACAGUGGAUUCGCUCUCGUUGGCAACGCAUCCUACACAUGUUCUCCCAGUGGUGACUGGGGACCAUCGCCUUAUUGCCAACCUUAUAACCUGUGUGACAGAACUACUCUGGCUCAGCCGCAUGGAGGCACCAAGAUCUGCUUCACCAGCCCACAGGGGACGGAAAUGGUGGAGUUCUGUCAGAUGCACUGCAACCCUGGGAAGGAGUACUCCAACCAUAACGAAGCCAUGUAUGAAUGUAGUGCUGCAACAGGCUGGUUGUGGCAGGUCCGUGUCUAUAGGCCAGGUGGCACGAGUGCCUUCGUGUCUGUCAAUGUUGGAGUAUGUUCUUCUGCCUACAUUAACCCGUUUGCUGCGGUGGUUGCCAGUGGUCUGACCAUCACCAUGUCGGGACCUGUUGACAUGGCAGCUAUAGAGACAGAGAUGAGGCACUACCUCAUCGACCAUAACCUCUGCACUCUGCCAUGUCAGGUUGGCAACAUUGAUCUGCAAAUUGAUCCUAUGGCCAGAGUUGGGCCAUGGGCAAAGAAAAAUACAAGAUCCAACAGCCGUCUCUUGGUUUCGAUCCAACUGUUCUCCUAUGCAGAUGAAAGCCUCAUCACCCCAACUAACACAGUUCAGAUGGAGUGGGUUCGACUGGCUGGAGAACUCAGGGAGGUUCUGACAACUCUGGAACAACCAGGCGGGAUCAUUCUGACAGUCCAGGGAGUGGAUAUGGUGCUCCAUGCUGAAAACAUGCAGAUCUCCCCUCCCAGUCUGGGAUGUCAGCAGGGAGAAGUACUGGAGGGGGUUCAGUGUAGACAAUGUGGCCCAGGCACGUACUACGAUGUGUAUGAGAACGACUGUCGCCCAUGCCCGUACGCCACUUACCAGGAUGAGUCAGCACAAACUGAGUGCAAACCAUGUAAGGAUGGGACCACAACUGCCAUGAUAAGUGCCCGCAACUCCACCCAAUGUCAAGCCUUUGCUGAGUGUAACUGUGGCAUCCAUCCCUGCAAGCUGACGGAUGCAGCAGGAUACGUCUGUGAUUGUCUGGAUGGAUACAAAGAGGAGAACAUUGCAGGGGAGCUGCUGUGCAAAGACAUUGAUGAGUGUUUGCAGCCGGAUGUUUGUCCAAAUGCCGCAUGCUACAAUCGCCCAGGGACCUACUCCUGUCAAUGCUUACCAGGAUUUGAGGAGCCAAACUGUAUUGAUAUCGAUGAGUGUCAGUAUGUGGGUUUCUGCCCAGACAACUCCCAAUGUACCAACACACCGGGCAGCUACAACUGCACCUGUCUACCUGGACAUUACGGACCCAACUGUGAAGAGUGUACACCAUUCCAGGGUAACUGCUACUCCGUGUCAGAAACCCGGGGAAGGUAUGACCAGGCCAAGCAGGAGUGCAAUGAGAGGGGCGGAAUUCUGGCAGUCAUCAAUGACCAGGUGACCCAGGACUUCUUCAUCCAGCUCCUGUCAGUGGACAACAAGGAUGUCUGGAUAGGGUUGACUGACGAGCACUUCACUGGACAGUGGCAGUGGAGUGACGGAACACCCAUUAACAGUAACGUCUACACUUUUUGGGCCUAUGGUGAGCCAAAUGGUUCUGGAAACUGCACCCACCUCUGGCCACUUGCUGGGUUCCAGUGGGACGACAUGCGGUGUCAUGGAACCACCUACCACAUCUGCCAGUUCACUUUCUAGCCUGGCACGUUUCAGCAUUGUCACUAUCCAAUUGAACAUUUUGAAAGGCCAUCAAAAUCUAGCUUUGAAUAGCACUAAAGGUUGAAAAAACUAAAGAUUUUUACACAUCGAUCUUAUAAUGUAAGGUUUGAGAUUUAUGACUGACAAACAUCCAGUAGAAUAGUAUGUUACUGUCUACACAGUGUGCAAUUAUGUAUGUGAAUAAUUCCAGAGGCCUAGGCAAAGAGAAAUGCUAUACUUAUGCCAGUUAUCCAACCAGCCCUAGCAAAAACUUUUCAACCCUAGACUUGGGGGGGGGGGGCAAUCGAGGGCAAGGGGCAAAAUUUCAAUGUGACAUCUGAGUGAUUAUUUUUAAAAACAUGGUAGAGUCAUUUUCCAACAUGAUCUCCUCAUUUCCGUUUUCAGUCAUUAUCGGAAAAAGAGAUGCACAGAGAUCCCUUUAUGCUGAGACCCAGGUUAUGUUAAUGGACUAAAUCUACAGAGAAAAAGAGAGAAUCUAUAAGUCCUACUGAGACUUGAUUUUUAAAGAGUGUAGUCAGAUACAAAAGUUUUUUCCAAGAACUGACUGCUGAGCACAUUCGAGAACUUCACAAAAUCAAGAAUAGUCUCAGGUCCAUUCUCGUUCUUGUUCUCAUUCUUGUGUUUUUGUGAUGUACUGUAUAUCAAAUUGUAGGGUAUGCUGUUGGAUUAAAAUUGUUAUCCAAUUACACCAACUCAUGAACACGAGUUGAUAUGAACACAUUAACUCAUCAUAUCGGUAUCGUUUUGCCUGUGUCUGACAAUACAAUGAAAUAGCUUAUGA